GAAUUAAUUAGAAAUUAGAAAUGUGGCUAAGACAAAAACACAGCGACAUUAUUCAUGCAUUAUCUUGUUCUGUGUAAUUGUGUGGACUCAACUUCACGUAUCACAAAUGCAGAAACUUUCACUUUCUUUCUCCAACAACACUUUCUUCUCACAAACUCCAUUCCAUGGCUACCACCAACCCUUUAUCCCUUUCUUCCUCUCAUACACAUACUCCUCUUCAUUUCUCUCUUCCUCGUAAACCCUUUCUUUUUCUCUCUCACUAUCACUCAAACCACUAUGCAAGGUCAAAGUGUCUCCGGCUCACUACCACCUGCAAGGCAACUCAAGUGUCUGUCGCGGAAGAGUCUUCGUCAUCCGGAAAAAACUGGGUUCCGGUAGUGCCGGUGUCGGCUCUACCGAGAGGGGAGCGACGUGUGAUAAUUCAAGAGGGAGAGACUAUAUUGCUUCUUUGGUAUAAAGAAAAAAUAUUUGCCAUUGAAAAUAGGUCCCCUGCUGAAGGUGCUUAUUCUGAAGGCUUGAAAAAUGCAAAACUCACUCAGGAUGGUUGUAUAGUUUGUCCAACAACUGAUAGCACAUUCGAUCUAAGAACAGGAGAGAUCAGAGAUUGGUAUCCAAACAAUCCUGUUCUGAGAUUUCUAACACCUGCUUUGAGGAAUCUCUUUGUAUAUCCUGUUAAAACAGAUGAACAGAAUAUUUAUAUCAGCAUCACAGGAGGUUUCAAAUCUGAUGCUGCUACCGAAAUCGUUUUUAGUGGAAAGGCUCAACCUGGUAUAACAGCUACUGAUGUCAAUGUCGACGAGGUUAGAAUGGUGGUUGAUGAGAGUCAAUUGGGAUUUGGUUUCAAUAGGAAGAACGAAAUAAUCAACGGUAAAGCAGCUGUUAUCGGAUUCCUUCUGUUGUUGGAUUUUGAGCUUUUGACAGGUAAAGGUCUUUUAAAAGGAACAGGUUUCUUGGACUUCAUAUACUCCGCGUCUAAUGCUCUCAAUUAGACAUCGGCCGUGUUUGGAUUGUGGUUCGAAUUGCAAGCAGUAUUCUUUCCAAUGUUGGUGAACUGAUAAGUAACUAAGAGUUUUUCGCUUCUCGAAAUCGCGUUUAUUGGUGAGAGUGCUGCAGAUUUUAAGUUGUGAAAUCAUUGUAUGUCCUAUGAGUAAUCAUAUUUUUCCUUUUGUAUGCCUUGUAUCUAUCUAAUAGUGUAAGUACAUGGUGAGUUUAGUUUAUACCUAAUGUACAAUGUUUUAUGUAUUUUUUGUGCAUGUUCUUUCAGUAUACUAUACCCAAUUUUCAUA